AUGAGUUAUGGCGGCGGCGACCCAUUUGACGCCCUUUGGUACCUCCAGAUUCGCAAGUACUAUGGCGUCUUCAUCUGCGUCCUCUACAUGUGCGACUAUAUCGAAACCUUCGAGCGAGAGAAUCUUUCCGAUAAGGCCUGUUUAGGUCUGCAUGUGACGGUACCAGCUCUGACGUUAUUCGGUGAAGCCUUCCCACUGGCUAUUCUCCUACUGUGCCUCUAUGCGCUCUGUGGGUCGAAACGAAAACACGCACCGCUCUUCUGGGGGAGCUACAUUAUCCUGAUGGCCGCCCUUAUCGCAACUCUGACCGUAUUCCUCAUUGGAACUACUGUCCCACCGAUAGACCAACGAGCUGCGCACUGCUUCCCCAUCCAUACACCCAUUGGCAAAAACUUUAUGUUGGCGAACAGGAUUAUCAGACUUUCGGCGCAUUUUGUCAUGGCAAGUCUCGCUGCAUGGCGCGGACUUGUCCGUUACAGGCAGUCUAAGUCGCCCUUGUUGAAGGCGAUCAAUAAGGGAGGGAUGAUGUACUACGCUAGUAUCUUUUUGAUGGCCGCUGUGGAUAUCACAGCCAAAUACUAUUCAGAGAACGAUCCUGCAAAACUCGAGAUCUUGGCUUACAUCUCUCGUUUCGGCGCACCAAUCAUGGCCAACCGCCUCCUCCUCAAGAUGUACAAAAAAGUUCGAGACGGAAACGCUUCAGCCGCUGCGCCCACACCGAGCGUGUCGAUGAAGUUUGCGGCGAGGUCGAGGUCGAAGAUGCAGAGUAUGGCACCCAGCGAGUUUGGGUCUGUCAAUCUCAAUCUGAAAGAGAUGGAUGCGGAGAGGGGUCUGGGAGUCCCCAGGGAAUCGGAUGGGAGGAGGACAACGCGUAUGUCGAGUGUAACCCAGGCUUCGAGCACGGUGAUCUCGUGUAGAUCUGACUCUUGA